UCAGCCAUGGAGGUUGUCAAAUCUGCAGUUGUUGGCGAACUUGUGAGCCGGUUCAUCUCCUUCCUGAUGAACAAGUACCACUCCAACAACCAUGCACAAUCAGAGAAGGUGGUGGAGAGGUUGCAGCGCCUCCUGAUGAGAGUCAGCACAGUCGUUGAGGAGGCAGAUGCGCGGUACAUAACCAACUCUGCGAUGCAGUUGCAGCUCAAGAUGCUCUCAGAGGCCAUGUAUGGAGGAUACAGUGCGCUGGACACCUUGCGGCACCGAACCAUCCAAGACAGUGCAGGCUUCGAUGAGGUUAGCAUCAACGACUCAUCUUGCAGCAACUUGUAUUUAGACAUUCCCCUCAAGCGUUCUCGAACAACUGAGAAGAAUGAUAAGACCAUGCGCCUUGAGUCUCAUGGUUCCUUGGAAAGCUUAGAAGUCGUAGUUGCUAACAUGACAGAAUUUGUUAUGCUUCUAGGUGGAUGUGAACGCAUGUCUCGUAGACCAUACGAUGUGUAUCUUUACAUUGAAAAUUUCAUGUUCGGCUGACACGCAAAAACUCUUGAGCUUCUUCUUGCAGCACAACAACCCUCCUGGUGAUCAUGCACCAGCCGUUCUUCCAAUCAUAGGAGGUGCUGCAAUUGGAAAGAAGACAUUGGUUGCUCAUGUGUGCAGCGACGAAAGGUUUCGCUCGCGCUUCUCCUAUAUUUUGCACUUGAAUGGAAACAGCCUUUUGAAGAUACUUGACCAUGGCAGGACCAUGGAAGGGAUGAUCUUGGUAGUUAUUGAGUUUGCUGCUGAUGUGGGUGACGAUGAUUGGAAAAAGUUACACUCACUUCUCAUAACAAUGGGCAGAGGAAUCAAGAUCAUCAUUGUAAGUAAACUUAAACGAUUAGCCCGGUUUGGAUCAUUGAACCGAUUUUCCUAGGUAUUCUAUCUUACAAUGAGUUGAGGUAUCUUUUCAAGAAACUUGCAUUUGGAAGCGUAGA